AUGGAGCCAAUCGUCAAAGCAACCAUUCAAGCUUGCGUCCUGAGCGCCAUCUCGAACAUUCUCGCUCAGCUCAUCUCUUGCUACCGCCGAGGCCAUGGCUACAGCCUCGACACUGGCCCGUUGGUCACCUUCGUAGCAUUCACGCUCCUCUCGUGCCCACCCAACUUCCUCUGGCAGUCAUGGAUGGAAUCCACCUUCCCCAGCUACACCUCGCCCGAUGAUGCCGGUACCGUCGCAAGCAUCGCUCAACAGCCCCAAGUCAAGGCCGCCCUCGACGCCGCUGCUCCCACCUUGCAGCGCAUUGAAGAGACGGCAGCCCCCGUCCUGGAAAAGGCCUCGGCAGCCACCACUGCUCUAGCAGACGGUGAUGCUGUCAAGAACGCUAGACGUCGUGCCAGCGAGGGCGUCGAUACUGUCAAGGCAAAGGCAAAGGAGCUCGAGGCUCGUGCUGGCAUCAACCAGUCCCCUUUGGCCAAACCUCCCACUCGCGCCCAGACCUUCAGCACCCACGAUGGUCAAGCUAUCGAGAAGAAGAUCGACACCACCUUUGCUCAGCCCCCUGCUUCGGCAAACCCCAGAGCUUUGAGCAUCAAGAACACCGCUAUCAAGUUCGCUCUGGACCAGACCUUCGGUGCCGUUGUCAACAACGCCUUGUUCAUUGUCGGCAUUGCUUUAUUGAAGGGCCAGUCGCUUGAUACUGCUCUCUCUGCUCUGCACACGGACCUCUUCCCGCUUCUGUUCGCCGGUCAGAAGCUCUGGCCUCUUGUCUCGAUCAUUAGCUUCACCCUUGUUCCCUUCGAGCACCGUACAGUCUUUGGCGGCGUCAUUGGCAUUGGUUGGGGAGUUUUCCUGAGUCUGAUGGCUAACGACAAGUAA